AUGACCUCGGAGGAUCCAGACCAUCUACAACACGAAGUGUGCAGUAAACUACAGGCUUUCAAGCUGAACCUGGAGGAAGUUCUCUCGUACCUCUCAAAGGCGCUGUGCCCGACUCAUGGGGCCCGUCUCCCUCACAAGGAACCUUACGUGCUUCUUUGCCUUCAGCAAGCCUUCUAUGCGCUGACAGACUCGAUUCGCCGAACUGUGAAGUGGGCGUUUCAGCAGUGGGGCGCUACGCCUGAGUCAAAUGCUCCCGUGUCACCCACAGGGAUACCGCUCCAGGCGAAGCGGGCCGCAGGUACGCAGUCUGCGGUCGCACAAGACGAUCAAGGCGCCCAACCGUCCUGCGACAGUGCUAUGACUGCCUUCGUUGAGCUCAGCAACACGCUCGUCGACUACGGACCAAGUCAGAUUGGCUCUGUCGAAUCCGGCUCGAGCGAUAGCGUAUCCGCCGGGCUAGGCAACCGACGCACACAUUCGGGCGAGGGUACGGUCGAUGAGGACGGAAGUGAACGAAACGCAGGCGCCGACAGAGACCCGGCAGACUGCGCCCAAGGCGACCAAGACACUGCACCCCAGGACAAUGUCGUGGGAGACCCUGGUUCUCAUGACCCGGCAGAACAUCUACGAAGCCUCGUGUCUUCGGGUCGUAAACUACUCAUGUCUAUCCGACAAGAGACAGAGUUGCUCCUCGCCGAGGGCUAUGCAUACUCGGUUCAUCUGAAGCGAAGCGUUGGUAUUCCCCGCAUCAGCGCGCUUACUUGGUUCAAGAUCCACCUUGUCGUCCCAAGGCGAGUUUUGACGUCCGUAUUCUUGGCAACCAUGCUGCUCGCUGUUGUAAUGCGCACCUUCAGACACAUCCUUGCUGUCUGGAUGGAGGAGGAAGACUUCUUUGACGAUGACGAUUACUUUUAA